UUCCGGGCGUCUCUUUCGCUUCCCCUUCCCUCCCUCACGUUUCUUCCCCUCCCCCGCUCCCUUUUCCCUUUCGUUCUCGCCCACAGAGGCCCACCCCUCAGUCGUGAGUCUGGGGUCCGGGUGGCGAAAGAGAGCUAUUGUAGCUGGAAGCAGGGAGGUGUGGGGGAAUUAAUUGAGAGGACAACAGCAUGUCCUCCCUCCCCGGCUGCCUUGGUUUGGAUGCAGCGACAGCUGCAGUGGAGUCCGAAGAGAUUGCAGAGCUGCAGCAAGCAGUGGUUGAGGAGCUGGGUAUCUCGAUGGAGGAACUUCGGCAGUUCAUCGAUGAAGAACUGGAAAAGAUGGACUGUGUACAGCAACGCAAGAAGCAGUUAGCAGAGUUGGAGACGUGGGUAAUACAGAAGGAAUCGGAAGUGGCCCAUGUUGACCAGCUCUUUGAUGAUGCGUCCAGGGCAGUGACUAAUUGUGAGUCUUUGGUGAAGGACUUUUACUCCAAACUGGGACUACAGUACCGGGACAGUAGCUCCGAGGAUGAAGCUUCCCGGCCUACAGAAAUAAUUGAGAUUCCUGAUGAAGACGAUGAUGUCCUCAGUAUUGAUUCAGGUGAUGCCGGGAGCAGAACUCCAAAAGACCAGAAGCUCCGUGAAGCUAUGGCUGCCUUAAGGAAGUCGGCUCAGGAUGUCCAGAAGUUCAUGGAUGCUGUCAACAAGAAGAGCAGUUCCCAGGAGCUGCACAAAGGAGCCCUGAGUCAGAUGUCUGGAGAACUGAGCAAAGAUGGUGACCUGAUAGUCAGCAUGCGCAUUCUGGGCAAGAAGAGAACCAAGACUUGGCACAAAGGCACCCUUAUUGCCAUCCAGACGGUUGGGCCGGGAAAGAAGUACAAGGUGAAAUUUGACAACAAAGGAAAGAGCCUGCUGUCGGGGAACCACAUUGCCUAUGAUUACCACCCUCCUGCUGACAAGCUAUAUGUGGGCAGUCGAGUGGUGGCCAAAUACAAAGAUGGCAAUCAGGUCUGGCUCUAUGCUGGCAUUGUAGCUGAGACGCCGAACGUCAAAAACAAGCUCAGGUUUCUCAUUUUCUUUGAUGAUGGCUACGCUUCCUAUGUCACACAGUCCGAACUGUAUCCCAUUUGCCGGCCACUGAAAAAGACUUGGGAGGACAUAGAAGACAUCUCCUGCCGAGAUUUCAUCGAGGAGUACAUCACUGCUUAUCCCAACCGCCCUAUGGUGCUGCUCAAGAGCGGCCAGCUCAUCAAGACCGAGUGGGAAGGCACGUGGUGGAAGUCCCGGGUUGAGGAGGUGGACGGCAGCUUGGUCAGGAUCCUCUUCCUGGACGACAAAAGGUGUGAAUGGAUCUACCGAGGCUCCACGCGGCUGGAGCCCAUGUUCAGCAUGAAGACGUCCUCGGCCUCCGCGCUGGAGAAGAAGCACGGAGGACAGCUCAGGACACGUCCGAACAUGGGUGCUGUGAGGAGCAAAGGCCCUGUGGUCCAGUAUACCCAGGAUCUGACCAGCACUGGAACCCAGUUUAAGCCAAUGGAGCUCCCACAGCCUGCAGCCCCACCCGCCCCACCCGGUCCACCCACCCCACCUGCUCCACCUCUGUCCCCCCAGGCAGGUGACAUUGAAAGCUUAGAAAGCCAGCUUGCUCAGUCACGGAAGCAGGUGGCCAAAAAGAGCACGUCUUUCCGGCCAGGAUCUGUGGGCUCUGGUCACUCCUCCCCCGCGUCCCCUGCACUCAGUGAAAAUGUUUCCAGUGGGAAACCUGGAAUCAACCAGACAUAUAGAUCACCUUUGGGCUCAACCUCUGCUUCAGCGCCAUCAGGACCGCCAGCACCCUCAGCACCCCCAGCCUUCCAUGGCAUGCUAGAGCGGGCCCCGGCAGAGCCCUCCUACCGCGCCCCCAUGGAGAAGCUUUUCUACUUACCUCACGUCUGCAGCUAUACGUGUCUGUCCCGAGUCAGACCCAUACUAAGUGAGCAGUACCGGGGCAAGAACCCUCUGCUAGUCCCGCUCCUGUAUGACUUCCGGCGGAUGACAGCCCGGCGGCGGGUUAACCGCAAGAUGGGCUUUCACGUUAUCUAUAAGACACCCUGUGGCCUCUGUCUUCGGACAAUGCAGGAGAUCGAGCGCUACCUUUUUGAGACUGGUUGUGACUUCCUCUUCCUGGAGAUGUUCUGUUUGGAUCCGUAUGUUCUCGUGGACCGGAAGUUUCAGCCCUAUAAGCCUUUCUACUAUAUUUUGGACAUCACCUAUGGGAAAGAAGAUGUUCCCCUAUCCUGUGUCAAUGAGAUUGACACAACACCCCCACCCCAGGUGGCCUACAGCAAGGAACGAAUCCCGGGCAAGGGUGUUUUCAUUAACACAGGCCCUGAAUUUCUGGUCGGCUGUGACUGCAAGGAUGGAUGCCGGGACAAGUCCAAGUGCGCCUGUCAUCAGCUAACUAUCCAGGCCACAGCCUGCACCCCAGGCGGCCAAAUCAACCCAAACUCUGGCUACCAGUACAAGAGGCUAGAAGAGUGUCUGCCCACCGGAGUUUAUGAGUGUAACAAACGCUGCAAUUGUGACCCAAACAUGUGCACAAACCGGUUGGUGCAGCAUGGACUACAGGUUCGGCUACAGCUGUUCAAGACGCAGAACAAGGGCUGGGGUAUCCGCUGCUUGGAUGACAUUGCCAAGGGCUCCUUUGUCUGUAUUUAUGCAGGCAAAAUUCUGACAGACGACUUCGCAGACAAAGAGGGCCUGGAAAUGGGCGAUGAGUACUUUGCCAACCUGGACCACAUCGAGAGCGUGGAGAACUUCAAGGAAGGAUACGAGAGUGAUGCCCCCUGUUCCUCUGACAGCAGUGGGGUAGACCUGAAGGACCAGGAGGAUGGCAACAGCGGCACAGAGGACCCCGAGGAGUCCAACGACGAUAGCUCAGAUGAUAACUUCUGUAAGGACGAGGACUUCAGCACCAGCUCAGUGUGGCGCAGCUAUGCCACCCGGCGGCAGACCCGGGGCCAAAAAGAAAACGGAGUGUCUGAGACGGCGUCCAAGGACUCGCGCCCCCCAGACCUCGGGCCCCCACAUAUUCCCGUCCCUCUGGCGAUCCCCAUGGGUGGCUGCAAUCCACCUUCCUCUGAAGAGACACCCAAGAACAAGGUGGCCUCCUGGUUGAGCUGCAAUAGUGUCAGCGAAGGUGGCUUUGCUGACUCCGACAGCCAUUCAUCCUUCAAGACUAGCGAAGGUGGGGAAGGCCGGGCAGCGGGAGGCAGAGGGGAAGCUGAGAAGGCCUCCACCUCAGGGCUGGGCCUCAAGGAUGAGGGAGACAUCAAGCCGGCCAAGAAAGAGGACCCUGAUGACCGAAACAAGAUGUCAGUCGUUAUGGAGAGCGCUCGGAACUACGGUUACAAUCCUUCUCCCAUGAAGACGGAAGGCCUUCGGCGCCCACCGAGUAAGACGAGUAUGCACCAGAGCCGACGCCUGCUGGCCUCAGCUCAGCCCCAUGCCGAUGAUGUGCUGACGCUGUCCAGCAGCACAGAAAGUGAGGGAGACAGCGGCGCCAGCCGGAAGCCCGCUGCCGGUCAGACUGCAGCCACAGCGGUCGACAGCGACGACAUCCAGACCAUCUCUUCCGGCUCUGAAGGCGACGACUUUGAGGACAAGAAGAACAUGUCCGGUCCAAUGAAGCGCCAGGUGGCAGUGAAAUCAACACGAGGGUUUGCUCUUAAGUCGACCCAUGGGAUCGCCAUUAAGUCAACCAACAUGGCGUCCGUGGAGAAGGGGGAAAGCGCCCCCGUUCGUAAGAACACACGCCAGUUCUACGACGGGGAGGAGUCUUGCUACAUCAUCGACGCCAAGCUCGAAGGCAACCUGGGCCGCUACCUCAACCACAGUUGCAGCCCCAACCUGUUUGUCCAGAAUGUCUUCGUGGAUACACACGACCUUCGCUUCCCCUGGGUGGCCUUCUUUGCCAGCAAGAGAAUCCGGGCUGGGACAGAACUUACUUGGGACUACAACUACGAGGUGGGCAGCGUGGAAGGCAAGGAGCUGCUCUGCUGCUGUGGGGCCAUCGAGUGCAGAGGGCGUCUGCUCUAGGGCACAGACUCGCUCCUCACUGCUCCCUUCCUGAGCUGCCCUGGCCUCAGGACCUGGGUCUUCCUGACUGUUGAACUCUGGGCCCCAAGUCUCCAGGCUACUGCCCCAGCUCCUGGCUCACAGGAGUCGGGGUUCUGGAUCAGAAGACCCCUUCCACGUGGUGCUAGCAGGCAGGGUCCCUCGUCCCCCUCAGGCACUAGGGGGCGGGGAGGGGCCACUGCUCUAACCUGGGCCUGACAUCCCUCAGUCCUCGUGGCUCAUCCCUCCCUUCCGACUCCUUUGUUCAAGUGUUCAUGCAUCUAACCGACUGUUCUGGAAAGAGGGCUGUGUGUUUACUACCCCUGGUUUGUAUUGUUUCUUGAAAGUCUUUCAACAAGAUGCUAAGACUAAGGUUGUGGUUUGGUUUUCUUUCCCUCAGCCCCCACAUUCCCAGUUCUGGGUCUUUCAGUGAGAGAUCUGUCCCCCCCUCCCCGCCCAUCCUCCCCAGUGGGCAGCUGUCAUUAAUCUUAUACUUUCUCUACCUUUGCUCUUUCUUAUUUGCCAUGUGAAAUUUAAAACUGUUAUGUGACCAUGCGGAAGACUACCUUACUUUGCUUAGUUUACCACCCCCGUCUCAAUUCCUAAUAGUUGCAGAAACAUGUUGCCAUCUUUUACUUAAUCUUUAAUAUAUUUUAAUUAAAAAAACCAUUAACAGUA